AAAUGCCAGAGGUCAAACACCGGAACUUGAACGCGACAUUCGUCGGCGUUGACAUAGCAACUUGUUCACAAUACCGAGGACUUCAAUACGGCACCAUCAACAAAAGAUUCGAGCAACCGACUCUAAAGUCUGAUUGGAAGGGAGAAAGAGUAGACUGUCAGAAAUGGGGACCAAGAUGUCCUCAAAACAAAUAUGAUGUCGGUCAUCUACUACGAGCUCCAGAGGGAGCUAUUUUCUAUGACGAGACUGAGGACGAGUUCGCAUGUCUAAAUCUGGAUGUCACUGUGCCUGCCGAUACGCCAAGGGAUGCAAAACUGCCGGUCAUGAUCUGGAUCCAUGGAGGCUCGCAAAUCAUCAGUUUUGGCAAUGGAGCAAGCAAAGCUGGAGACGCGACUAGAAUCGUGGCAGAGUCUGUUCAGCACUCGAAGCCUAUGGUUGUAGUAUCUGUGCAAUACAGAUUAAACAUGUUCCAUGUUGGCGACGGCAAGGACAGCAAGAAUCUUGGCUUCAAGGAUCAACAACUGGCUAUACGAUGGGUGCAGACGUACAUUGCUGGGUUUGGCGGUGAUCCUGACGAAGUGACACUGGCUGGAGAGAGUGCAGGAGCUGUUUUCGUGCAUGGAUUGAUUGUCAGUGGAGCACCUGUCAAGCGUGGUAUUCUCAUGUCUGGCUCACUACAUAUGUCGCCUCCGCAACCAGAAGCCAGAGCGAAGAGUAUGCUUGUAGAUCCAGUUCUCGCCAGGCUGGAAGCAAAGGGAUACAUGUCUCUCGAAGAGGCUCCAGUACAAGCACUAUUAGAAGCACAGGCCGAGAUACCGAUACCAUCCGUGUUCCUUCAAGAGGACACACGUUUUGCAGACUGGCAAAAUAAGACAGGCGAAAUUGCAGAAUUGAUGAUUGGAGACUGCGAGUUUGAGUCUGUCCUUUGGCGUAACGGCGUGGAAGCAAUGUCAGCACAGCAAGUCGUGGAAUGCUUUGACAAGGCUGGAUCGUCUCGCGAUCAGCUCAAAGCACUAUAUCACAUCCACAAGUCGCGAGCACCGCAAUGCAGGCAUGGUGCGUUGGACUUCAUGAACGACAUGCGGUUCGCAUUACCAGUACCACUGAUGGUAGAGAAGUAUAAGAGUGAGGGGAAGAAGGCAUACAGGUACCUGUUUGACCAAGCAAACCCGUGGCAAGCUUCAUCCCGGGCUCAUCAUGCGGUUGACCUGAUCUACCUCUUUGGUGGGUUCGACACGACGAUAAACCCGUCAGCAGAAGAGCUUGGCAAGGAGAUGAGGAGAAGGUUUAUCUGGUACAUCAAUGGAGAAGCACCUUGGACGAUACACCAAACCAUGGCUUUUGGACCGUUGGGAGACACCAAGGAAAUUGAUGAUAGAGGGGUUGCAGCUCGCAGACGCACACGACAGAUGGAGGAGGUGAAGAAGCUCGAGGCUAGUGACGUGGCUGCGGUCUUUGGAAGCCUUGCCGCUGGGAGGAUUAGUUUGCACAACUAGAGGUGCUUGUUACGUUUUACGGUGGGGGUAGAUUAGCUGCAACACGUCAGGCCAUGAAGGUCGCAGUUGCAGUGCAGGAUGCCCCGCUCUUGUUGCGGUGUAGCCUGAAUCCAUCGAGGAACGUCUGUGUUUGGUCUUGGGGUUGUUGAUUCGAUUCGACGAGGCCAGCUAGAUGUAUGAUAAUUCCAGGCGACACACGGCCAGAUAGAAGCUGUUGGCUUUCCUACACGAAUCGACAACGAUGACCAACAGUUGCCAGGAACAGUGGCAAUGUGGCAUGAGCCUUAGCCAACCCUUGCUUCCACCAUGUCCAAUGACACCACAAAUGCAUGUGAGACGCACGU